AUGUCAUUUCCAUACGAAUAUAUCUUUAAAUAUAUCAUCAUUGGUGAUAUGGGUGUAGGAAAAUCAUGUCUUUUACAUCAAUUCACAGAGAAUAAAUUUGUACCUGAUAACCCUCACACAAUCGGUGUUGAGUUUGGUACCAGAAUUGUAGAUGUAAAUAAUAAGAAGAUCAAAUUACAGAUUUGGGAUACUGCUGGACAAGAACGUUUCAGAGCAGUCACUAGAAGUUAUUAUAGAGGUGCUGCCGGUGCCUUGUUGGUGUACGAUAUCACUAGAAGAAUUACAUACAAUCAUUUGACCAACUGGCUGACCGAUGCCAGAAACUUGACCAACCCAAACACUAUUAUCAUGUUGAUCGGAAACAAGAAGGAUCUCGAAGGACAAAGAGACGUAACCUACGAAGAAGCUAGUACUUUUGCUAAACAAAAUGGUUUAAUUUUCGUUGAGUCUAGUGCUAAAACUGGUGAGAAUGUCGAAGAGGCUUUCUUGAGGACCGCCAAGUUGAUUUUCCAAAGCGUUCAAGAAGGAAAUGUUGAUUUGAUCCCAGAUGGAGGUGUCACAAAGAGUAACAAUGUAUUACCAACACCAACCUCCCAAGAGCCAAACAAUAAGUGUGCUUGCUAA